ACAGGCUCUGACUUCCCAGAAUGGUUUCUGCACAGUUCACCUUACUGCUCCUGGUCAGUGCCCUGUUCUCCGGACUGGUGUACCGUAUCACCAGUCACCGUGGAGAUGGAGACAAAUUCAAAACGUGGAAGAGGCCAAACUUUAUCAUUGUCCUGGCAGAUGAUAUAGGUUGGGGUGACCUUGGGGUCAACCGACCCGAGAGAAACCCGAGUCCCACGCCCUGGCUGGACUUAUUGGCAGCAGAAGGCAAAAGGUUCACGGAUUUCCACUCUCCUGCCUCCACCUGUUCCCCCUCACGUGCUGCCCUACUAACGGGCAGACACGGCUUACGCAAUGGAGUCACCCACAACUUUGCCGUCGGGUCCGUUGGCGGCCUGCCGCUCAAUGAGACCACCUUCCCCGAGCUCCUGCACAAUGCAGGUUAUUACACCGCCAUGAUUGGUAAAUGGCACCUGGGACAUAAAGGCCUGUAUAACCCGGUCCAUAGAGGUUUUGACUAUUACCUCGGUCUUCCCUACAGUAAUGACAUGGGCUGCACUGACCACCCUGGCUACGACCUUCCAAUGUGUCGUUCCUGUAAACAGGGUCUGAAGACAGACAGCCAGAAACACGGAGGGUGUUACACCGGUGUGGCGCUUCCCCUGUUUGAGAACCAGACCAUUCUGGAACAGCCGGUGGAUCUGUGGAGCCUGACGGAGAGAUACACGACCGCAGCUGUCAAGAUCCUUCACAGCGCCAGGGAGAGAGGGCGGCCUUUCCUCCUGUAUGUUGCUCUGGCUCACAUGCAUGUCCCACUUUGUCCCGGAAAUCUCUCAGACACGAGAGACAUCUACGCUUCCGCCCUCAAGGAAAUGGAUGGCCUGGUGGGGGCGAUAAAGAGCACAUCAGAUGCCACUGACAAGGAAAACACACUGAUAUGGUUCACUGGUGACAAUGGCCCGUGGGAGCAGAAAUGCCAGUUUGCGGGAAGCGCCGGUCCCUUUCUGGGCACGUGGCAAACGAGCCGAGGUGGAGGUUCAGCCAAGAAAACGACGUGGGAAGGCGGUCACCGGGUUCCCACAGUGGUGUACUGGCCUGGGAAGGUAUCAGCCAACACCACCAGCGGUGCUCUGCUGAGCGGCCUGGAUGUUUUCCACACCGUCCUCUCGCUGGCCGGGGUGGACCCACCGGCGGACCGACGUUACGACGGUAUUGACAUUACAGAUGUCCUGCUCCGCGACUCAGAUACCGGUCAUAAGAGUCUUCUCCACCCAAACAGUGGGGCCGCUGCACAGUAUGGAGAUCUCCAGACUGUCAGAGUGGGACACCACAAAGCUUUUUACAUCACAGGUGCGGCGGAGGCUUGUGGCGGAGGGAGCGGACAGCAGGCGCUCCACGACCCCCCUUUGAUUUUUGAUCUGUCUGAGGAUGAAGAAGAGAGCACACCCCUGGACCAGCAGAGCGAGGAGUACCAGGCUGCCCUGGAGGCUGUGCAGAAGACAAGGGAGGCUCUGCUAUGGGACAUUGCCACAGAUAACGUGUCCACCGCUGACUAUACAGUAAAACGGACCGCAGCUCCCUGCUGCCAGCCCAGGAACCCCGUCUGCCGCUGUCAUGGCCCGAGCUGACAGAUCAGUUCAGAACAACACACACACUCACACACACACACAGGUACACACACGCACACAAAUACACACAAAUACACACAGCUCCAGAGUUCUAGAACACAAAUGCCUAGAACCUAACAGUUGAAGUAGAAACAUACGACAGCUUACAGUAUUAAUGAAGUUGUAAGUUCAGUGUGCUCUCUAAACAAUAUAUGAAAAAGUGAAAGUGUUAGGUUAAGGUUAAUUGCUAUGCACUAGAUGGAAAUCUUUUUUUUUUUUUUUUUUGCAAUUAUAUUGUCUAUUUUUACAAUGGGUUUGUACAGUAUUGAGUUGAGUCAAAUCUUUUAAUGAUUAUUGGGGUAUGAAAUUGUAGAUCUUUUUGCAUUUACUGUAGUGUCAACUUGUGUCAAAUUGUUCGCGUAUGAACGAUUUUUAUAAAAGUUAAUACAAUAUUUUACUUCUGGAAUAAAGACUUAAAUGUGUGACCUAAAAACCUGA